GAAGAUUUAUCAUAUUGCAAUUUCCCAACUUCGAACUAAACCUAAUCAGAGUUUCUAGUUUCCUCCCAGAUUCGUGUUUCAGCUCAAAGGUUUUCUAGCCUGUUGUUUUGCUCCAAGUUGGUACUCUCUAAUAGCCAUGGCUGAUGAGGAACCUGUUGAUCAGAAAAGGUAUCUCGAAGAAGCUUGCAAGCCCAAGUGUGUGAAACCACUACUUGAAUAUCAGGCGUGCGUGAAGAGAAUCCAAGGGGAUGACAGUGGUCACAAGCAUUGCACUGGACAGUAUUUCGAUUACUGGUUUUGCAUCGACAAAUGUGUUGCACCAAAACUAUUUUCGAAAUUACAGUAAUGGAGAGUUGUUAGGCAUGUGGGGGGUCCUAUCCUUUUGCGUGCAGCAUUUUUAUGAUUAUUUUUUAUGCAAUGCCGUUUUGUGGACUUGAUUUUUGCAUCUACAAAAAAAUGCCAAUGGCUGUGCAAUUUUAUAAAACUUUUGAAGACCUUUAACCAUGGUCAAUAAGAAAGGAUGUUGGAUUCACUUUUAUGAAUGAUCUAGUAGUUUCAGAGAAGAAAUGUUGAGCUUCA